UGAUUAGAAAAAUCAUUUCACUGUAUUUUGGAAACAAUUUUUGUUGUGGCGGCGAAAAACAAGKGAAAAGCUCGUUAUCAAGUACCAAAUAAAUUGCAAUGCACGUCAUUAAACUUUAUAAAAUAAAUAUUUCUGCAGCUAGCUUCAAGAGCAAAUAAUAGAUGCUAGGAAGCAUCUCUAUUUACCGUGAAGGUGCUAGUAAAGGUAGUGGUGCCAGGUGGACACAACUGGAGACGUAGAUAUGCCAAGUAUAGAUCAACCACCAUACGAAUAAAAAGCAAACUACUGUCUAUGGCGACGGCGCAAAUGAGGCAAUCCAUACACAAACGUCGAAAAAUAUGACAAAAAAAUUUUAAUGAAAGAAAAACAGAAAAAUUUUCAGUGAAAAUUUGUUUCUAGUGGUGGACGGAUCAAAACACGCAAUACUCGUACUUACUGCUAUAAACAUACCUACAUACAUAUUUUAUUGCUCCAAUACUAAAUUGUUGCAAAUAUAUAUCAUCAAACUUCUGGAAAUUAAUAAUAUACACAUAUAAAGUAUACAAUAUAAAUCAGCGACGACGACAUUGAAACAUUUAAAAUCAGUAGUGCUCUGAAAAAUUAAUUGUGAAAAUCACUCAAAGUAAAUACAUAAAUUAAUUGUGUUGACUAGUUCAUUGACGUAGAGGCAUAACUAUGGCUGAGGUCCGACGUAGAAAAGGCGAGAACGAUGCCAGCGACGAUGCUGGAGAGAAAGCAGGCGAAGGUGACAAACGUAACUCAGCGGCGGACUCAUCUGAUCAUGUCGAUUCAGAGGAGGAAAAAUUGCCGGAGGAUAAAUUCGUUGAUGAGCUAUCGAAAACCCUUCCACAAGGCACCGAUAAGACACCGGAAAUUUUAGAUUCAGCCUUAAAAGAUCUACCGGAUAGAUGGAAGAAUUAUGUGAUUCGUGGCAUCUUCACUUGGAUUAUGAUAUGCGGUUUUGCACUAAUCAUAUACGGCGGUCCACUGGCGCUUAUGAUAACGACUCUGCUGGUACAAGUCAAGUGUUUCCAAGAAAUCAUUUCCAUUGGUUAUCAAGUCUAUCGCAUACACGGUCUACCCUGGUUCCGUAGUUUGUCCUGGUAUUUCCUGCUGACAUCGAAUUACUUCUUCUACGGCGAAAAUUUAGUGGACUAUUUUGGCGUAGUUAUUAACCGUGUGGAAUAUUUGAAAUUCUUGGUGACCUAUCAUCGUUUCCUAUCGUUUGCAUUGUAUUGCAUUGGCUUUGUCUGGUUUGUGUUGUCGCUGGUGAAAAAGUAUUAUAUGAAGCAGUUCAGCCUAUUCGCUUGGACACACGUCUCGCUSUUGAUUGUGGUCACACAAAGUUAUUUGAUCAUACAGAAUAUUUUCGAAGGUCUCAUUUGGUUCAUUGUGCCCGUAUCGAUGAUUGUUUGCAACGAUGUAAUGGCCUACAUGUUUGGCUUCUUCUUCGGUCGUACUCCACUAAUUAAAUUAAGUCCGAAAAAGACAUGGGAAGGAUUUAUUGGUGGUGGUUUUGCGACCGUUAUCUUUGGCAUUAUCUUUUCCUACAUUCUCUGCAAUUAUCAAUAUUUUGUAUGCCCAAUACUGUAUUCAGAGGAAUUGGGCCGCAUGACAAUGGCUUGUGAGCCAAGUUAUUUGUUUACGAAGCAAGAUUACAGCCUAAGUGUGUUUGGCAUCGGCAAGUCGCUUAGUAUGUAUCCAUUUGUAUGGCAUUCGGUUGCAUUGAGUUUGUUCAGCUCAAUUAUUGGGCCGUUUGGCGGUUUCUUCGCUUCCGGMUUUAAGCGUGCAUUUAAAAUAAAGGACUUUGGUGAUAUGAUACCCGGUCAUGGCGGUAUUAUGGAUCGUUUCGAUUGCCAAUUCUUAAUGGCCACAUUUGUGAAUGUUUACAUUUCCAGUUUUAUAAGAACGCCAGCACCAUCCAAGAUAUUGACACAGAUUUAUAACUUGAAACCGGAACAGCAAUUGCAAAUUUUCCAAUCWCUCAAAGAAAGUCUUGGCGACUUGAUAACCAACUAAAGAUUUUGCAAAAACUAUUAAAUUUAAGCGUACACUAUACUGACAAAACAAAAACAAYAAGAAACACAUUUACGAAUACUACAUAUUUGUUAAAGAAUGAUAUCAAUAA